ACGCUCGCCAAGCCUGUCUUUUCGAAUCAUUUAUCGUGACGAUAUACGAAUAGUUACAGUACGAUAUACGAAUAGAUAUAUAGUAGUGUUUGGCGAUCAUAGGUAAUAGCAACACUACUUUAAUCGGUUGUCUACUUACAUGACCGAUAAACUUUGUUUUGAAACAAAAACGUCUGUUUUUCAUUAAGACGUCAGUAUACUAAUAAUGAGUAUCACUUUGGAAAGCUUGUUCUACUGUUUCUCACUGCAAACCAGUGUAAAGGUAGUUGGAAUCUUCUAUUUGUUAACUGCCAUUGGAGGACUUGUUCUAGCCAUACAAACAAAGACAUUCUCAAGUGAAAAACCUUUGGAUGAUGUUGCAGAAAGCCCAUUAUUAGAUAAUAUCACCAUCAGUGAGAAAGUCAGUGAACUGGUGAAUUCCACCUUGUUAAUAACCAGUUCGGUUAUCACCAUCUCUCUCGCUAUUUUCGUUCUGAUCGCCGCCUGGAAGAAUCGCAAGCACCGGUUCCUUUUGCCUUGGCUGAUUUGGAAUCCCUUACCGAUGAUUUUUGGAAUUGCCUUCACAAUCUACUAUGCCGUUAAUUGUUGGACUGAAAAAGAGUUUGCCACACUCGGUUUCCUAUCGGCAAGUGCUAUUGCAGCAAUUGGCAUCUUCUGUUGGAUUGUGAUCUUGAUUUACUAUCUCAGAUUAAGGAAAAUUUACAAAAAGAAAAAUACGAGGAAAAAUACUAGGGAAUAUUCUUCCAGCGGUUAUAACACUAUAACUCCAAUGCCCGAUGAUGCAAACAUUCCGGAAAACAUUGCCACGUGAUUUAAUUGUGGGCCGUGAUAAUUCCCAUUUACGUCUCACAUCCACCAUACCGAGAAUUAUUCAUCAUUGGACAUUCCGCCAAUACAUAAAAUCACCGAAUUUCACCAUCGCUGCAUGUUCACUGUCGUCCUUCAAAAUUUUUCUGUGUACUCAUUUCAAAAUAAAUACAUUCGUGUUCUUUUUGUUUAAA